AAAUUUGCUCAAGCAAUGAUAUUUGCUGUAAAUGAGAUCAACAGAAAUCCUGAUUUGCUCCCUAAUAUUAAACUUGGCUACAAGAUAUAUGAUAACUGUGGAACUAUGGACAUCCUGAGAGCUGCACUGGCACUGGCCAGCGGACUAAAAGAAGAAGUCAGUGACGACAACUGUACUAAAAGUGACACAGUGCAAGCUGUUUUGGGUCAUUCAGGAUCAAGACCAACUAUUGCAUUUGCACAAGCUGUUGGAAGGUUUUAUAUACCUGUGAUCAGCCAUUUUGCCACCUGUGCCUGUCUGAGCAACAGAAAAGAGUAUCCCACUUUUUUCAGAACUAUUCCCAGCGACUACUACCAGAGCAGAGCCUUGGCAAAGCUGGUUAAGUACUUUGGUUGGACCUGGAUCGGAGCUGUAGCUGUGAAUAACCAAUAUGGCUUCAAUGGCAUAUCUGCAUUUAUCCAAGCUGCACAAGAAUAUGGAGUAUGCAUUGAAUAUUCUGAAGCAUUUUCAUCAUCAGAUCCACCUGACAGGCUGCAGAGAAUAGUAGAGAUCAUUAAGCAUGCCACUUCAAAAGUAGUCAUAGCUUUUAUGUCUCACAGAGAAAUUAAGUUGCUUGCCACAGAGCUGUACAAACAGAACGUUACAGGGCUGCAGUGGGUCGGCAGUGACGCCUGGAUCACAGAUCACUCUCUGACUGACAGCGAGGGACACAGCAUCCUGGUGGGCUCACUGGGCUUCACUGUCAGCAAAGCUAAGAUCCCGGGGCUGGAGGAGCACCUGAGGCAGCUCAGCCCAUCACAGUUUCCUGACAGUCAGUUUGUCAGAGAUUUCUGGGAAGACGUGUUUGACUGUGCUCUGAAUGACUCUGCAAACACCCAAAGAAAGCCAUGCAGCGGCUCUGAGAGCUUGCAGAAUGUUGAAUCAAUGUUCACUGAUGUGUCUGAGCUGAGAUUCACUAAUAAUGUAUACAAGUCAGUUUAUGCAGUUGCUCAUGCUCUCGACAACCUCAUGAAAUGCGAGGAGGGUAAAGGGCCCUUUUCAAAUGGGAGAUGUGCUGAUACCAAACACAUUCAACCAUGGCAGGUCCUGCAAUAUCUCAACACUGUGAAUUUCACCACUGAGGAAGGGGAAAGAGUUUACUUUGACAGUAAUGGAGACUCACCGGCAAGAUAUGAACUUGUUAAUUUACAAAUGGAAAACCAAGGAGCUAUGAAAGGAGCAACAAUUGGCAUUUAUGAUGCUUCUCUUUCAGAGAGUCAUCAGUUUGUCAUGAAUGACAUCCCAGUUGUCUGGGGAAAUGGAUUAACCAAGGUUCCUGUGUCAGUCUGCAGUGAGAGCUGUCCCCCAGGAUCUCGUAAGGUCCUCCAGAAAGGAAAGCCUGUCUGCUGUUAUAAUUGCAUACUGUGUCCAGCUGGCGAGAUCAGUAAUUUAACAGAUUCAAUACACUGUAUGAAAUGCCCACCAGAGUCCUGGUCAAACAAGCGGAGAGAUGCCUGCAUCCCCAAAGCAAUAGAAUUUUUGUCUUAUGUUGAAAUCCUGGGAUCAUUGUUGGUCCUUUUUUCUCUGCUGGGUGUUUUUCUAACUGUGAUGACGGCACUAGUGUUCUACUGCCACAAAGAAACACCUCUAGUACGAGCCAACAACUCUGAGCUGAGCUUCCUGCUGCUCUUCUCCUUGACUCUGUGUUUCCUGUGUUCUCUGACCUUCAUCGGCCGGCCCUCUGAGUGGUCCUGCAUGCUGCGACACACAGCGUUCGGCAUCACCUUUGUCCUCUGUAUCUCUUGUGUUCUGGGGAAAACUUUAGUGGUGUUGAUGGCCUUCAGGGCCACACUUCCAGGAAGUAAUGUGAUGAAAUGGUUUGGGCCUACACAGCAGAGGCUCAGUGUUCUGGGUUUCACUCUCAUACAAGUUAUCAUUUGCAUACUUUGGCUGACAAUAAACCCUCCUUUUCCUUUUAAGAAUUUGUUGCUCUAUAAGGACAGAAUCAUCUUAGAGUGUCAUCUUGGCUCAGCUGUCGGGUUCUGGGCUGUGUUAGGAUACAUAGGACUCCUUGCUCUCUUAUGUUUUUUACUCGCUUUUUUGGCUAGAAAGUUACCAGAUAAUUUCAAUGAAGCUAAAUUCAUCACCUUCAGCAUGCUGAUAUUCUGUGCAGUCUGGAUCACAUUUAUCCCUGCAUAUGUCAGCUCUCCUGGGAAGUUCACUGUAGCUGUGGAGAUAUUUGCUAUUCUGGCUUCCAGUUAUGGGCUUCUCUUCUGUAUUUUUCUGCCAAAAUGUUUCAUAAUUUUGUUCAGGCCUGAACAGAACACAAAGAGACACAUUAUGGGAAAGACAUCAAAUAAUAAUGACAUACGCUUUUAACCACUGACAUUUUAGUUUUCCUCUUUUCCAACCCAGGUGU